GUGUCCCAUCCAGAGCUGCUGGAGUGUUAUCAAAUACCUGUUGGACAAGAGCAAAUCACAUUAAAAAGGAGAGAGACUGUUCCUGUAAACAAGACCUUCUUCCAGCAGCAUCCAGCAUGGCCAUGGAACUUGAGCUGAAGAACGUGGAUCUGAAAGUUGGAGAUAAGCUGCAAGUAAAGGGGGAAAUUCUGCAUGAUGCAGAGAGAUUCCAGAUCGACCUGGGCUGCGACUCGGAUGACCUCGCACUCCACUUUAAUCCCCGUUUCUAUGAUGAUGCUGAUGGGUCUGUCCUCGUGUGCAACUCCAAGUCUGCUGGUUUUUGGGGCGAUGAGGAACGGGAAAUGCACAAUCCUCUACAGAGGGGCAGUGACGUAAAGAUUGUGCUGAAACUGUCUGGAGACGUGUUUGAAGUGGAGCUUCCUGAUGGACAGGAAGUCCAGUUUCCUAACCGCACUGGUAUGGACGUCAUCAGCUACAUCAGAAUUACAGGAGACUUCAAACUAACAAGCUUCAAGAUCCGCUAGGAGACAGCUCCUGUAACGCAUGCAUGAUACACUCCAACCUGCAGAUUGUUAUUGUUAGAAAUAUUAAUCGUUAAGAGCUGCAGUUUCCUGUUUAACAUCUGAAAUGUUUCUUUAAUUGAAAUGUCCUGUUGUGAAAAAUAAAUGAUUAAAUUAUGUCACCAAA